GUUACCCUCUCAAACAUUGAUGUAUAAAAAGCUAUACUUGUUUUCUCUAUAUAAGCAUCCAGCACUAUAUAUAUAUAUAUAUAUCCAUGGCUGCUGAAAACUCUAAAAUCUCUGGUCUUACUGAUAUUCUUCCCAAUAACCACCAAGAAACUGAGGAAGACAAAUCCCAAGAAUCAUCGGAUAGUUUUCAACGCCAACUCUUCCAAUACCAAGGUUUCUGGUUUCUCAAGAAGCUAAAGCAAGGAGUUCUCAGAUGCCAAAACCAGUUCCAAGCUCGUGACACUGAUGUACUCCUCGUAACCUCACCAAAAUCAGGCACUACAUGGCUUAAAGCUCUCAUCUUUGCUAUCAUGAACCGCAAGACACAUGAUCCAAGCCCAACCCAAAGUGAUCAACCUCAUCCUCUCCUCACCACUAACCCUCAUGUUCUCGUUCCCUUCUUGGAAGUCCUCCUACAACAUGAAAACAUGUCGGAUCUGAGCUCAACAUUUCCGUCAUCGUCACCAAGGAUAUUCGCGUCUCAUAUCCCAUAUGUUUUAUUGUCGGAGUCCAUGAAAAAAUCAAGGUGUAAGAUAGUGUAUUUGUGUAGAAACCCUAAGGACCUGUUUGUCUCGUAUUGGCAUUUCAUGAGUAAACUAAGUCAAGAAACCCAAGGGUCCAAUUCAGUGAAGGAUUCCUUUGAGGAGUUUUGUCGAGGACUAAGCAUUUAUGGACCAUUUUGGGACCACAUGUUGGGGUACUAUAAGGAGAGCUUAGAGAGGCCAUGGAAGAUAUUGUUCUUGAGAUUUGAGGAGCUGAAGAACGAGCCAGUUAGGACUUUGAAGGAGAUAGCCAACUUUAUAGGUUAUGGGUUUUCUCAGGAGGAAGAAAAUGGUGAUGUUGUGGAUAAUAUAUUGAAGCUUUGUAGUUUUGAGAAUUUGAGCAGUCUACAAGUGAAUAGAACUGAACGUUCAUUAUUGCUUGGGGUGGAAUAUAAUCUUUUUUUCCGACAUGGGCGAGUAGGUGAUUGGAAGAAUUUUCUCACUAUUGACAUGGUCGAACGAUUUAAUGCUAUCACUCAGGAGAAGCUGGAAAAGCAUGGCUUGAAGUUUAGUUAAAUUCAUUUAAGUUUGUAGAAGCAUCUCAUCUUCUAGAGACGAUAUGAAGCAUGGUCAUGGAAUCCAUGGGUCAAGAUUUGUGUUGUCUAAUUAAACUAGAAUGUUAUGUACGGUUCGUAUUUUCUCAUCAUGUGUGGAAGUGGCUGCUUCACUUGAAGGCAACCAAGCAAUCUUCUAAAAGUGUUCGUGUGGUUUGCUCUCUGUGUAGCCUUUCUCUAGUCAAUCCUUGGAAGCACAUCUCGCUUGUGAUGGCUAUAUAAUGCUCUACGAAGCAUUCUUUGAUAAUUUGUUUAUUUCAACUUCUUCCUCUACUGAUGCGUCUAUCCUACAGUCAUGGCGUUUAUUUCAAGAUCUAUGUUAUUUGCAUACGUACCUCUUUUCAAUUUUAUUUGCAAGUUAUGGUUGCUGUUUUUCCUUACCCACAUGAAACUAGUUAUCUAGUUAAUUUGGCCUUCUAAUAUGUACUCUUUUUAUUCUUAAUGAUAUUUGAUCUUUAUAUUAAAAGAAAAGCUUUAACUUAAAGUUGAAGAGGGCGUAUGUAUGGCUGGAAAAUUAUAAAUGGAGUCAUGUACAACGUAUUGUACAAACUAAUGAAGAACAUUCUGUAA